CUAGCCGAAACGUCAACAACGAUAUCAUUGUAAACAUUUCCACUUGUUUCUUUUGGGUCUGUUGAGCUAGUCUGCCUGUAAGACUAUUACUAUGACCGAGUGGAACAAGAGAAAGCAAGUGGCCCAGGCUAAGAUAGAUGCAUCAGCCUCGGAUCUCAAUAACAUCAGCCAAGAGAUUUGGUCCCAUCCUGAACUGGGUUAUGAGGAACAUCAUGCUCACAAGAUUCUCACAGAUUAUCUGGAAAAGAAGGGUUUUGAGGUGACAAGAAAUUAUCACUUAGAUACAGCAUUCAAAGCUACAUAUGGAACUGAUGGUGGCGUCCAUGUUUGUGUGAUAUGUGAAUACGAUGCUCUUCCUGAAAUUGGCCAUGCCUGUGGGCACAACCUGAUUGCCGAGUGUGGAGCAGCCGCAGGUCUAGGGAUCAAAGCUGCAAUGGAGCUCGAUGGCACUCCCAUAGGAAGGGUUACAGUGCUUGGUACACCAGCAGAGGAAGGGGCAGGAGGCAAGAUAGAUCUGAUCAAAGCUGGGGCCUUCCAGGGGAUGGAUGUAGCUAUGAUGGCACAUCCUUAUGCUUACACAGUACCACAACCAGUAGCCUUAUCAAUGCUAGAAAUGAAAAUUCACUUCACUGGUCUUGCUUCCCAUGCCUCUGCAGUUCCCUGGGAAGGAGUGAAUGCCUUGGAUGCAGCUGUGAUGUGUUAUAAUAGUAUCUCAGUCAUGAGACAACAGCUGAAACCAGAAUGGAGAGUUCAUGGCAUAUUUACAAAUGGUGGAGCCAAGCCUAAUAUCAUACCAGAGGAGGCGGAGCUCUUUUACUACCUAAGGGCUCCAACACAGGAAGCACUUUCACAGGUCAAGAAGAAGGUCGUGGGGUGUGCCCAGGGUGCUGCCGUGGCAACAGGUUGUGAGUGCACAGUCAAAGAUCUUGGAGGCUUUGCUAAUGUUGUCACCAAUCCCACCGUGAUAUCAAUCUACAAGAGGGAGGCUUCCCAAAUGGGCGUAGUCUUUGAUGACAACAGUGGUUCCGGUUCCACCGACAUGGGAAACGUGUCGUACGUGGUCCCUAGCAUACAUCCUAUGUACGACAUAGGGACCAUGGCAGCCAACCAUUCCAGACCAUUCACUGCAGCGGCAGGUGCUGCUGCAGCCCAGCCCCCUACUCUGGUCCAGGCUAAAUCCUUGGCUCUGACAGCUCUGGAAGUCAUGAAACCAGGAAAUGAGGAGGUCUUAGCAAACAUCAAAAAGGACUUUGCUCUUCAGAUGGGAGGAGCAAAAGCGUAGCUAGGUGCAAACUGUCCAUAGAUCGUGUCCUCCAGGGCCCUGCCUCAUAAAUUGUUAUCGGCCACUGAUGCCAAAAUUGUAUAACAAAAUUUGCUCUCAGCCAAUGAAAUGCCCUGAUGUCAGGGGCUUAUAGAUCAAUUAUUGUAACUUGAUAUUGAUGAUAAGUUUUAUGGAAACAUUCAAAUUACUGGGAAUCAUGUGUAUAAACUCCUGUCAGCAGGUGGUCUUUAUUCUACACACGAUAUGAGAAACACCAUUCAGGAAAAAGCAACUUUAUAAAAGUUAUAUUAUAUAUAUACUGGGUAAAUGCAUAUAUCUAGGUUAUAAGAGUGGUCUUUGUAUGCAAGUGGUCACCACUCACUAAAGAAAGUCACACUACAUUGUAAACAUCUUAAUCAAUCAACCCUUAAUUUCACUUUCUCUCUUUUCUGUCUUGUCUCUCCCUUUCCCUUUCUCUUGUCUCUGUCUCUUUGUUUCUCUCCUUCAAUGUUAGAUAUUAAUAUAAAUUCAUUACUCUCAGUAUUUCCAUAUACCCUAGACACCCAUCAGUGAUUUUAAUGUCUAAUGAAAGUUCAGUUUGAUGUCAAACCCCUAGUAAUGUCUGGAUUAUCAGAACAGUGCUUUUAUAUGCUCACUUAAAACUGGAAUAUAUUGCAUAGAAAGGUCACGUCUUUUAAAAAAAUGUACCAAUCACCAAAACAUGAAGUGGGUUCCAUGUUGCUAGCUGAAGCCAAACUAUGAGCUACAAAUAGAUUGUGCAAUUACAUCCUAAGGGAACAGUGAAAUGUUGCUAACAUACGCCCUUGGAACCCAUGGAACCAUGCAAGUCCGACUUGGGUUGUGUGCCAGCCUUAAACAUGGGGUUUUAUGUUAUCAAUUAUUUUCUUCAUGUUUCUUAACCAUUUAUCUAUUGGAAGCCAGGUAAAGUUUUUUAAGUUGAUUUUAUACAUUCUAGGUAUUAUGGAUAUAUACAAA